AACAUAUAACGCUUGAUCUACAGUGUUAUAUACUGAUGUCAGGAACAAGAAUUUGUUUCCAUUUACAAUUUAUGAUUUAUAUGAGAGUUUUUGUCAUUUGAACUACAACAGAAACAAAACCGAAUAGACUUCCAUUUGACGCCUAAGUGACCUAAAAGAUAUUUUUUCUGUAACUAAUGCUUACAUCCCAUCUGAAACUGUCUUAACUCUUUCUCUCCUAACUGACGAUACCAAGGUUGAUUGCAUCAGAAUAUGGUCAAUAAUUAUAGAGAGAAAGAGUUAAGCAAUGUUAUGUUUCGUUGUCUUCGAACUUGAAGCUAUAAUAUACCUGUAAGGAUACAAUUCUGAAAUUGUUAAGAGAUAAACAAAACAGAACAGUAACAUCGAUGUUUCACAGUACACAGCAGACUUUGCAGUCUCUUUACUUUGAACCUUGUUAAACAAAAACAGUUUUCAAAACAAAACAUUUCCAUUGACACUUUACUUCAGCAGAAGUUUGAUCUCAACAAGAUAGGAUGGAACGUGGAACCAACGGGAGCUGGAAACUAACAGUGGUUCUUUCACUGCUAAUCAGCACAACACCAGCAUAAGCUUUCGAUCUUACGUACCUUAUCUUAUAAAUUACAGACGUUACUUCAAGUGAGAAGAUUAUUACGUACUACGCAUGUCAUGUGUCAAUGUAGUCAUGUUAAUCAGUUAAUCAGAAUCAACCACAUAAUGCAUACUCAUCAUUUAAAUUUAUAAACAGGAGGUGGUUAAUAAUCAGACCUUUCUUAUUUGGUAAAACCAAAGUUUAAAUCUUUUCUGUUACGUAUAUCUUAGUUCAAUACAAACUAUAUUUUCCUAUUUCAACAUGCUUUCUGACGGUAACGUCUCUGUCGCUGAGAUAUUGGGUGAUAUGCUAACCGACAAUGAUACCCAGAUUUGUACGUUUGUUGUCUACGGAAUUUUGUCUGGCAUCGUGAGUCUAUUUGGCGUCUUCUUCAACGUCAUCAACGUAAGCGUCUUCUUCAAGAUGGGUUUCUUUGAGACGACCAACAUCACUCUGUGCAGCUUGGCCGUGGCCGACUUGAUUAUCUUGCUUAUGCUUGUCGCCUUCAGCGUCAUCUACAACCCGGCCUUUAUUGAGGCGGUUCAUGGCAUGCAGGUAGUCCAGGCUUUGGAUUACCUCCCUGUAGGCUGGCCUUUCGUCUGCUUCAGCCGCAUUUCCGGUUGUCUGACCACGUACGUGGCUCUGGAGAGGUUCCUCUGCGUCGCGCUGCCCUUGAAAGUGAAAACUAUUCUCACCCCGGGCAGAACUGUAGCUGUAAAUGUCUCCGUCUAUCUCGUCAUGAUUGGAAGCACGCUUCCGGUUUUUGUUGGAUUCCAGUUAGGCCCCGUGUACAACGAGGACUUGAACCUGACUCUCGUCGGUCUCCUGGCGUGGCCGGAAAGUCACGAGCUGGAAAAUUUCUCGCUGUCCUUCAACGUCUUCGUCCAGCUAGCCUCCUUCUUCUUGGUGGUCGUCUUCACCGUCGGGCUGAUUCAAAGCUUCGUGAGGAAGUCGGAAUGGAGGAAGGCCUCUUCCUCAGCCUCCAACAACACGUCCUUCUCCUCCAGGGAUAAAAAGCUGGUCAAGAUGAUCACCCUCAUCGCGGUCAUCUUCAUCGCCUGCGCAUUCCCUGGAGUGUUGGGCAUUCUGGCCAUGCUGUUUGUGGACGACUACAACAUCACCGGGCGCUUUAAGAAUCUGUUUGUCUCCACGUUCUCCGUUUUCUUUGCCCUUGGCUCCAUCAACUCCACAGUCACAAUCUUCGUCUACUUCCACAUGAGCUCCAAAUUUAAGGAGGUCCUCUUAGAUAUGCUCCAGAUGAGAAAGUUCAUCUUAAAGGAGAAGAGACGCAUUUAAAACAUCGUGAACUCAA